AUGGCGGAUUGCACUCACACACUGCAAGCCAGAAUAAAUGCUUUCUUCCUGAAGUGGCUUUUUGUCAACACAGAUGAAAAAAGUAGACAACACAACGGGCAAAAUAACGUGGUUGUCAGGGUCACCUUGCGCUGGAAAGUUGGCAGUCAUCUGGUAAAGUUUCUGGUGCCGAAUCAGUUUAAAUGGAUGGUGCACGAGGCACUGGGAGCUCUUGACUUCAUCAUGGAAUUCAGUUAUCAGACAGAUGAUGCAGCACCGACCGACGGCCAGCCCCAGACACAACCUUCUGAAAACACAGAAAACAAGUCCCAGCCCAAGCGGCUGCAUGUGUCCAACAUCCCCUUCCGGUUCCGGGAUCCAGACCUCCGACAAAUGUUUGGUCAAUUUGGUAAAAUAUUAGAUGUUGAAAUUAUUUUUAAUGAGCGAGGUUCAAAGGGAUUUGGUUUCGUAACUUUCGAAAAUAGUGCGGAUGCGGACAGGGCGAGGGAGAAAUUGCACGGUACCGUGGUAGAGGGCCGUAAAAUCGAGGUGAAUAACGCAACAGCACGUGUCAUGACUAACAAAAAGACUGUGAACCCAUACACCAAUGGCUGGAAAUUAAAUCCAGUUGUGGGCGCGGUCUACAGCCCCGACUUCUAUGCAGGCACGGUGCUGUUGUGCCAGGCCAACCAGGAGGGAUCUUCCAUGUACAGUGGCCCCAGUUCACUUGUAUAUACUUCCGCAAUGCCUGGCUUCCCAUAUCCAGCCGCCACUGCUGCAGCUGCCUACCGAGGGGCUCACCUGCGAGGCCGUGGCCGUACAGUGUACAACACCUUCAGGGCUGCAGCGCCCCCACCCCCAAUCCCGGCCUAUGGCGGUGUUGUUUACCAGGAUGGAUUUUAUGGUGCAGACAUUUAUGGUGGUUAUGCUGCAUACCGCUACGCCCAGCCCACCCCUGCCACUGCCGCUGCCUACAGUGACAGUUACGGACGAGUUUAUGCUGCCGACCCCUACCACCACACACUUGCUCCAGCCCCCACCUACGGCGUUGGUGCCAUGAAUGCUUUUGCGCCCUUGACUGAUGCCAAGACUAGGAGCCAUGCUGACGAUGUGGGUCUCGUUCUUUCUUCAUUGCAGGCUAGUAUAUACCGAGGGGGAUACAACCGUUUUGCUCCAUAUUAAGUGACAGAACCAUUAACAAACAAAACAAAACAA